UCCUGGGCUCCUGCCUUCUCCCUCUGCAGCCCGCACCCCCGGCCCCGCCGCUUACCACGUGGGGGACUGCUAUAACGCGUGCUUCCCCUCGGCGCCCGGAGUGGUCAUCCAGGGCGUGCGAAGGCCCAAGCGCCAUGAAACAGGCCCCUUCUGCACGCUGUAGCGCCCACUGGACACAGCGGCCGGCCAGGUAUCACUGGACCCGCCUCCCUCUGAAGCCCGGGGCCCCCAGCCUGGGCUUCUAACCUCUGGGCACCUCUGACCCACCUUCCUGGCCGGCUAACCCUUCUGUGCGCUGUGGACAAGGAGGGCCACAGCCCCCACCUGCCCACCAAGCUACAUAGAGAUGCUGUUGGUGCUUACGAGCUGUCGUGCGCUGGCUGCCCUCCCUCACGGUGAGCUGGCCUGAAGGUGUCCCUGGCAGGGGGCUCCCGCUGCUCCCCUUACCUGCUCUCCUCUCCAGGACGGUGGGGGCAGCCUGAGACUUCCUGGCCUGAGACAGUAUGGGAGGGGUCCCUCUGGGGAGAGCAGGACACCCCCACUCGGGGCCCGGCAGGCUACCAGUCUACCCAAGAGCCAGGCUGCUUGCUGAGCUGAGAAACUGGCAGAGCUGGGGGCCAGACUCCCUGAACGGCCAUCUUGAGGUGAGGUCAGCUGCACAGCCACUAGGAGGGCCCAGAGGACCACCUGGUCAGGGCCUGGCCCCCUGACCCCAGCCCCUGCCCACAGACCCGCAAGCCGGCCCAGGCCCAUGCAGGCCAAGCCACAGCCACCGGACCCCCCGGUGAGGGCCUGUCCUGUUGCAGUAGCUUGGCCAUCGGGGUAUCAGCCUGCCCUCCUACCUAGGGGAGCCCCAUGGCCGACGGCAGCAGCGGUUCCCAUGGGGCCCAUAAACCCUUCUGCAGGGAGGCCAGGGCCCAGGGAGUCCUAGCGCAUUCACCUGUGGCCUCUCGGGGUGAACCAGCUGGGGGUCGAGUUGAGUCCCAGCCCCCCCCCCCAGGGAAUCAGUUGUUGUUGGGCCUGACCAGCUUGGCCAAGGGGCAACAGCGAGCUGUGGGAGCCCUGGCGUUGGGAGCUUGGUCCAGGGUGGGGGGACCGGGAGCCCCACCCAUAGCUGCCCCACCAGCAAACCCGAGGGCUCAAGCUCAAAGCCAGAGGCUGGAGGGCAGGAAGGCUGGGCUGAGGAGGGCUUCCUGGGGAGGAAGCGGGAAGGGCGCACAAGCAUGAGCACGUGUGUGCUGGGCCGCAGGAAGGGGUGCCUCGCAGAGCGAAGCUUGGGGACCAAGGCACGUGCAGAGGACGAGGUGGGGACUGGGCUGGGGGGAUGGAGGCUCAGCAGAAGGGGUUGGAAGGACUGCAGGUGCUGGGUCAGGGCCCGGCCUGCUUAGCAACAGGGAACCCAGCGAGGGGCAGAGCAGGCAGUGCCCGCCGGCCCUGUGAGCGUCUGGCAUCACAGGACUCAGCCUCGGCCAGAGGGCCUACCACCUUGGGGUCGAGAGGACAGCCCUCCCGUGCCCACUCCCACUGCCAGCCCCGGUCUG